AGCAGAUCGGGACUCAAGCCAUGGAUGUAUCCGGGCCAUUUCUUCUCCUCCUGUGCGCCCUCCACCUGACCUCGACUGGAGUGUUGAGCAAACACGUAGAUCACAGAAACCUGUUCACACAAAGACUGUGCUGCAAAAGACAAAGCCACUUUGUCUACCUCGGACAAGACAUCUCUGGGAGUCCUGUCAGUGUUGACGUGGGAAUGUGCAGGUCACAUUGUGGGGGAGUAUCUAGGCCCUCACACGAAGCAGGACAACAAGAAUACUCAAAACACUCCUCAAUGCUGGAAUUUCUCAGGAGCAAGAAAAUGAGGACGCGCGGAGCUGCCUCCGCAGACAGCCCGGAGCCGCCGAGCCAGCUGCCCUCGUGCGGGCUGAACCAGGUGUGCGAGCCGACCGGCAUGCGCGUGGACACGGUGCUUCUGUUCGAGGGGCCCCGGGAGGUGGAGGUCAUCCAGGAGUGCCAAUGCGACGUCAGGCUGACUCAGUGCAUCCGGGUCCCCGCGGUGAGGACUUACCACUCCGAGACGCCGUAUGAGACGGUCAUCGACGUGGGAGGAUGCUCCCGGUCCAAGGGCUCACCAGAGGGAUUAUCCUGCGUCCCCACUACGUUUGACUCGGUCUUGGUGGAAACCCCCAACAAAGGGCACCUCGUCCGGACGGUGGCGGCCUGCGAGCUGAAGGAAAGCUGCUACCGGGUCGCAUACGUGGAGUAUUACUAUGAAACGGUCCACCAUGCGGAUGGAGUAAAAGAGGAGAGGCUCAAAGAAAUAGAUGUGGGCAGAUGUUUGGGAGGCUGCACCACAGGAAACCGGUGCCUUCUCAGGAGUCAAUCACAUCCUGAAAUGUGCCACUUAUGGGCUGACAGACAGCCCGGCUCGUGCGCUCCUCAGGGCUACGAGAGCCACAACUUCCUCAACCAGCACGGUCAGAUCCGCGCCGUCCUCUCCAUCACUUCCUGUCUGUGCCAAACCUGAACACUGCGCCUCCUACUGGACAACAGCCACAUCAGCCACUGGCGACUC